CAGCUUAUGAAAUUACAUCUCCUGCAUACAAGCGGUAUGGUAAUAGUUAUGUCUGCCUUGCUGAUGUUACCUGGAUGGGAAUGGAAAUUGUACCCUCUGUUCUAUUGUGUUAGUUAAUGUGUCGACUCCUGUUACUUUUAAACUUCUCAGAAACAUGGCAGGGGAGAGUCCUUAAAACUAUCUGCAUAUUCUGUGUAUUCUUUAUAGUCAGCUUCAUAUGAAUAUUUCUGAGUUGAAUGCCAACUGUUAUGUUACAAGUCUUCCUUAUAAUUCUAAUGGAUUUACCUUCUUGUAUCAUCUUGUAAUAUACCACAGUGAUACUCUUGAAGUAAUGAAGGAAGGGCCACAUCCACUUAAAUUUGCAGAGGCUGGGCAUCUGGGGAAUUACUAUAUUUAGUACAAUGUUGCUCCAUAUAUUUGCUGUUGUAGGAAGUGACAGGGAGUUUUCAAAGAGGAACUACAUGCAGGAGAGGACCCAAGACAUUCCUUGGGCAGGAAUACCCUUGCCCUAAAGAAAGUGAAAGCUUAAUGCCUGAAGUCUGCUCUGAAUGUUAGAGAUCUCGUCAGUGUGUUUCCACUGUGUUUGUAUUUUGUGGAUCACAAGGGUCACAAAGAAUCUUUGCCAGGAAAAUAUUAACUCUAAUUGCAUCCGCAAUCCCAGAUGUGAGGCAGAAGCAGUCUUUCCAUUGUUCCUUCACAAAUAUACUAUCUCAAAAGCAGUGGUAUCACAAAAUCACAGGCUCUAGACUGGAAAUUACUGUUUUAGGUCAUCUGGUCAAUUUCGCUUCUGAAAGUGGAGUUAAUUCCAGAAUCUGAUCAAGCUGCUAAGGAUUUUUGUUUUAGGAUUAUGUGCUGUCUUGUAGCUAGUCCCUCAGGCUAGGGUAAGUCAGUACAGGACAUCAUCACCUCUGGGAGCACUGCAAAAUGAUUUGUGCAUUUUGGUGCAAAGCUUGUCAGACUGUACCAGGGACUAUGGUGUUGAUUGUCUCCAGACUUAACAGCUCUGCUCUGGAGAAAAACUAUCCUCGCAAUGAUUAAAGAGUUCACAUUUGUCCCUUUGCUGUGUGUAAGAUGGCAUAAUCAAUGAAUGCUAGAUAAGCUUCUGUGCAAUCUUAAGGGGACAAAUGCAGAGAUCUGCAUGCCACUGACUGGAUCUAUCUAUGUGGGUGGAAGGCUCCAUUCAGCCUACAGUAGUUUUAGGGAAGUAGAGGGUCAUGGUGAAGUCUGAGUCUUUACCUGAGUAGGGACCUGUCCAAGGAACACUCUCAUUAUGUGUUCAUAGUGCAAAGAAAAGCUAAAGAACUGUAUUUGCUUUUCCCACCAUAGAUGAGGGAGUGGUAACCAGCAGUUACUGCCUGGUGAGAGUAUGGAUAGAACAGGCUUUUGAAAAGAUGCCAGGAGAGGUGAGGAGCUAUUUCUGAGCAAACUGGCCAGCCAUGCUCCCUUUUGAAGCCUCACUGGCAAGAGGCUUUUGGCAGCUGGAAGGUAGGCACGCAGUGGGGCACAAGUGAUAAUCACACCUCUCUUCACCCAGCAAAGCAAGAGCCACAGUCAUGUUUGUGCAAACUCCUUUUACUCACCAGCAAAAGAAUGGGGGCUUCUUACCCCAGUCCAGGACAAGAAGAGAACCAUCCCCCCAGAACACCUCAAACAGUCUAAACCAUCUACCGAUCUUCAGCCUAGGCAGUAUUCCUGUUCCUCUAAAGGAGGGCUACUACCGCUUGGAAGUGCUCUACGCAAGCUCUUUCCAAACACUCCUCUUCCAUUUCCCUCAGGCUGGAAGUCAUUUUAGAUUUGCCAGCUGGGACUUGGCCCUUGGGCCGAUUCCAGCACCUGACCCUAGUUCUUUUGUCAGAGUGAGCUGGCUGAUCCCGUGGGACAUUACAGUGUGCCCUGACGCAGGUGGUGCUUGAAAAGGCACUGCUGGACUCUGCAAGGAGGUAGAAAGUGACAGCUUCAAAACUGAGUGGUGGCAAAGCAGGGAUUUCCAGCUCCUUCUGAUGUUUGUUUCCUGGGACUGAGAUCCUGUUGGCAUGCUGGUUUUUCAAGCUGAUAACACUAUCAGUUGCUAAGGAAAUUUGGAGAGCGACCUCAACCGAAACGGCUCACCAGGGAAGCAAUGCGAAAUUACCUGAAGGAGCGAGGUGAUCAAACAGUGCUAAUACUCCAUGCAAAAGUUGCGCAGAAGUCGUAUGGAAAUGAAAAAAGGUUCUUUUGUCCUCCUCCAUGUGUGUAUCUUAUGGGCAGUGGAUGGAAGAAAAAAAAAGAGCAAAUGGAACGGGAUGGUUGCACUGAGCAAGAGUCACAACCUUGCGCCUUCAUUGGAAUAGGAAACAGUGACCAAGAAAUGCAACAGCUGAACUUGGAAGGAAAGAAUUAUUGCACUGCCAAAACAUUAUACAUAUCAGACUCAGACAAGAGAAAGCACUUCAUGUUAUCAGUAAAAAUGUUCUAUGGCAAUAGUGACGACAUCGGUGUGUUCCUUAGUAAACGGAUCAAAGUCAUCUCCAAACCUUCUAAAAAGAAACAGUCACUGAAAAAUGCAGACUUAUGUAUUGCGUCAGGGACAAAAGUGGCACUAUUUAAUAGACUUCGAUCCCAAACAGUUAGCACCAGAUAUUUGCACGUAGAAGGUGGUAAUUUCCAUGCCAGUUCACAGCAAUGGGGAGCAUUUUACAUUCACCUCUUGGAUGAUGAUGAAUCAGAAGGAGAAGAAUUCACAGUGAGAGAUGGCUACAUACAUUAUGGGCAGACCGUCAAACUUGUAUGCUCAGUCACUGGCAUGGCACUCCCAAGACUGAUAAUUCGAAAAGUAGAUAAACAAACAGCGUUAUUGGAUGCAGAUGAUCCAGUAUCACAGCUCCAUAAAUGUGCAUUUUACCUUAAAGACACUGAGAGAAUGUAUUUGUGCCUUUCCCAGGAGAGAAUAAUCCAAUUUCAAGCCACUCCAUGCCCAAAAGAACCAAAUAAAGAAAUGAUUAAUGACGGAGCUUCUUGGACAAUCAUUAGCACAGAUAAAGCAGAAUACACAUUUUAUGAGGGGAUGGGACCGGUCCAUGCUCCUGUGACACCUGUGCCUGUUGUAGAAAGUCUUCAGUUGAAUGGUGGUGGGGACGUAGCAAUGUUGGAACUUACAGGACAGAACUUCACUCCAAAUUUACGUGUCUGGUUUGGGGAUGUGGAAGCAGAAACCAUGUACAGGUGUGCAGAGAGUAUGCUGUGUGUUGUUCCAGACAUUUCUGCAUUUCGAGAGGGCUGGAGGUGGGUCCGUCAGCCAGUCCAGGUUCCAGUAACUUUGGUCCGUAACGAUGGCAUAAUUUACUCCACCAGCCUUACCUUUACGUACACACCAGAACCAGGGCCACGACCACACUGCAGUGCUGCUGGAGCAAUCCUCAGAGCCAACUCAAGCCUCAUGGCUUCCAGUGAAACAAAUACAAACAGCGAGGGAAGUUACACAAAUGUCAGCACAAAUCCAACCAAUGUCACAUCAUCUACAGCAACUGUAGUUUCCUAACUACUGUAGUUUGUCUGGACUUUAACUGACUUUUGAGUGCUACAUUCAAGAGAACUGAACAAUUUUUGUGGUUUCAUGGGAAAACACCUUUCCAUUUUAGGUGAUGUUAUUUGAACCUUGUUACCUGCAAGUGCUGAUCUUAAAUACAGAAGCCACAAUAAAAAAAAAAAAAAACAACCACCACCACCACCACCGGAAACAUAAGAACUUUAUUGAAAAUCUAUUUUUCAGCUGUUUUUUUUUAAUGGGCAAGAAACAAAAAAUGUGGCUGGGAUACAUGUUGAGCAAACUAGAAAACAUGAACACAACAUAGUUUUUAUGGACCAAGGAACUUGUAUAAGCUUUAGUAUAAAAGGUACAUUUUCACCAUACCUUUUUUGUAUCACAACAUAUAGUACACUUUUGUUACCAAAUAGUUUAUAUUUUUUUUUCCUCUGAGCUUUUGCUCUGAAGUAUAUUCAGGUUCCAAGCCUGACCAUGCUUGUAUAAUCUAAUUACCAUACUCUUCCAGUUUUAAAAAAAAUAUAUAUAUUUUUGGUCUGUGGCUGGAACUGUUCCUUUUUUUAAACUGAAGUCUUGUGACUUUUUAUGAACUGAAAUUGUUUUUUAUUUCAGCAAGUAGAACCUUGUAAAGGCCAGCAUAUUUUUUUUAAGAUUAUAUGAAGUCUGUGCAAAAGCUUUAAAAAAUGCCUCUGCCUUGCCUGCAAUACAUGCAAUGUAUGUUAACUUUAGUGCUCUGUUUUCAGUCAUUGUUAAUAGUUAUUUCUGUUUUCCUUUUUUAAAUACGUAUUUAUAGUGAUAAUUCAUGAGGUUCUAACAUUACGUGAGUUUUUUUAAAAGUGGCAUCUCAAGCAGUCAUAUUAAUGAUUGUUCAUGUCACAGGCAUACGUUGGUGUUUUUGAAGAGUUGUUACUGGGUUACACCCCCCUCUUCCUUGCUCAGUCAUAGUACAUCUGAAAAUGUUUCAGGAUCUGUUCAGGUUUUUCUAAUCUUGUACAUAAUUUGUAUUAAGUGUAAGUUAAAUGUUUUAUUUCAAAAGUGGAAUGUUCCCAAUAACUUCAUUUGGCAGCAUGUCUUCUGUCUUGUUGGCAUGUAACUAAAGUACCAUGAGAAAUAUGUGCUACAAAUGGGAUCGGUAGGUGAUGCCCUUCAUCAUUUGAGAAUCACAACAAGCAUGUUUUUCUUCAUACUGUUCAGUAAAUUAGGCCAGACUUUGGUGUAACACUUGUAUUGAGAACGUGCUUUCAUUGUGAAGUGAUCAUACCAUAAUAACUAGAAGUAAAUUUUAUUACUUAGAAAUGGGCAAAUAGAAAACCAUAAAAGCACUAUGAAGAUGUUAACUCCCUCCAUCCUUAUUUCCUGUGGGUUUCUCUUUCCCUGCCAACAGCUUAUGCAGCAUUCAAGUCUUCUCUCCAUCAUAAAUUCAAGGCUCAUUUGCACUUUGACUUUGUUGGUUGUUGCAUUUGUUUUUCAUUUUGACUUUGCCAUGUUUUUGUCCCUCCUUGUAGACCUGCCUGCCUCAUUUGUAUUUGAAAGUAUACCCCAGUAGUUCCUUUGUAGUCACAGAACUAGGCAUAGACUCUUAGGACAAGUUCUGAUAGUGUGAUCUUCCUUUUUAAAAGCCAAAAUACAAAUUUUGUGCUGUGUUCAGCCUUUUCCAUACUCUGAAGCAAGAGUCACAACUGCUGUGUAAAUGUGAACCUGUGGCUUCCUACAGUGUGUUGCUUACAAGCUUAUCUGUUGACCGUUUUCAUAGGGUUUUUAUUUCUGACCACUUAUUCCAAUUUCAACACCCACCACCAUUUUAAAGCAUUGUCUCUGCGCCAUAUUUGUGUACUCUGUGCUCCGUUCUACUUGUUUGCUUUAGUGCUCUGUUGUAUAUGUGAAACAAUGUGGUUAAAGGAAGAAAUUGAUUAUAAAGCGUAUUUAGCUAAUAGUAAAAUCGGUGCCACUGUCCUUUGAAAAUGUGCUUGUAUUCUACCACAGGCCUUCAUAUUUGGUAUUCUGUAUGACAAAAUUUCUUCCCAUGACGUAGUCGCAAUGCUGGUUCUUAGCACUAGUGAAUACUGCCUCACCUCAUCUCCGCUUCAGUGACCAAGGGCAGAAUUCAUUGUGGCCUUAUCUCUGUUUUAAACUGUUUACUGGCAUUUACUUGCAAAUCUGUUUACCUUUGUGAGUGCUAUAAAACUUUGUUUUAAUUGUGUUGUAGCAGGAAUCAUUUCACAGUGUUUUUGUUAGAAGCACAGAAGUAUCUUACAAUACGGCUUAAUUCAAGAGCCACAGAUUUUCAUCACCAGUUAGACUGAGAAUUAAAAUAAGUGAUAAAUGUAUAUCAGAUUCAGAGGGUAUUCAAGAAGAAACCGCAAUAUACACAUGGUAGACAAACCAUAACAAGCCUUUUAACCUUCAAAGACUAUUUAAAAUGCUUUUCAGAACUUGACACGUGCUUUUAUACUCAUUAUUUUAAAAUUUUUACAUAUAAAUGCAAUACUUUUUAUAUUCAGUUUCUGUACUUACAGUAAUUUUGCCCAGUAGAUGCAAUAUUCCUUGACUUGUAAAGAACCUAAUGACUUAGCCUAAUAUUUGGUGUUCUACACACUACAGCGAAGUGGGUGAAAAAAAAGAGACUAUUGAAGUUCUGCUUACAGGAUCAUUUUAAACCCCAUUUUACCCGUGGGCUUGUGGCUCUGUUGUUGCCAGUAGUUAUUCAGUAGUACAGAAAUGGUCUUCCAGGUCUUUACUGUCGUUAAGAUGUCUGGUAGUUCAGAUAUAUUAUCUUCCUGAACUUUUUCCUGUGGGGUGAUAUUGUUACAUUUAUUGGCCUUGUGAGCUGUUAAUCAAUUUUCAUGCUAUUAACAAUAUCUCAAGAUUUUGAUAAAACUACGUUUAGAAUGUUUCAGUAUGAAACUAUUAUAACUGUUCAAGUCUAGCUGUGUUAAGUCUGCUGUUAAUUCUGUAUACAUAGAAAUUGAGUCUGUGUUCAGAAUGUUGUUUAGUUCCAACUAUAGGAAGAAAAAGCAUAAAAAGCAUAUUAAGUGCUCAAAUUUAGCAAUGCCUUUUUCUUACUUUCUUUUGUUUGGAACUGCAUUUCAGAAUUCAACACUAGCAUAGUCUUUAAUAAACUGCUGCUGCUGUUUUUCCUAAUUAUUUGCCCGAGGGCAUCCCACAACUGUGUAAUAAUGGUAUUCUGUACUUCUUUUCAUUGCACAGACUUGUAAGAUCAGAAUGGUUACCUGAAAAGACAUGAACUCAAGACAUAAAUCAGAGAAUUCCCCAUAUACAAAAUCUUAAUGCCAAGUGAAGCAAAUUAUCUAUUGGAAGUAAGCUACCCACUUGUUGAUUGAAUGACUCCAUUGAAUGACUCCAUCUUGAAACUAAGAUGCUCUUCAAUUAUUAACCAUAUUAUUUACUUCCUUUCAAAAGCAGCUGUGUUUAUGAGUACUGAACAAAUGUGUAUACUUUCCUGUGCCAGACUUUUGACUUUGUUUUCAAGCACUGUACUGUGGGAUUGAGUGGCAGCUUUGUUAGAAAAAGAAGUAUAUUAGGGUUUCUACUUAACCCUUUUAGGACUGAACGACUUCUUCCCUUUAGAUGCUGUAAAUUAAAUGAGCAGUUCUAACUUUGUAAACAUGCCGUGUUCAGCACCGCAUUUGCCGCAUCUGGAGGUGCUAUGCUAAUGACUUAUUUCUAAAUCCUGUAGCAUGUGUAUACAUUCAGUCUUAAAAGGGUUAUUUUUACAAACUGUGCACCUGUAAAGUUUCUUAGCAAUAAGGUAGAAAAAUGAGCAAGUUUUUACCAUAAUUUUGUAGAAUUAAUUGCUCAGUUCCAUAUUUCAUCAAGAAAAACCCUGCAAUAUGGGCAGUUUUGAGGAUUAAAUAAAAGUGAAAUGUAAACCACAUAA